AUGGAUGAUUGUAUUCUGUUGAAGGGCAAGGCUGAAGGAGAAUGCCGCACCUGCCAGGAAGACGAAAUCGACAUGGACACCGAUCACAAUUCAUCGAAUGGAAUACUGCGUCCAAUUGAAACCACCUCGACCUCCCCGGCAUUUCGAGAUUUCAAUUCCACAACACUUGAAGCUGUACAGAACGAAAGACUAACAAUCUCGCUUCCAGGUCGUCUCCAAGAAUACCAGGUCAUUGGCCGCCAUCUGCCAACUGACAACAACCCAACCCCCAAACUCUACCGCAUGCGUAUUUUCGCACCCAACACCGUGGUCGCCAAAUCCCGAUUUUGGUAUUUCCUCCAGAAAUUGCGAAAGGUUAAGAAAUCCACUGGCGAGAUCGUGUCCCUCAAUGUCAUCCAUGAGAAGCACCCCCUCAAGGUCAAGAACUUCGGUAUCUGGAUCCGGUACGACUCUCGCUCGGGUACACACAACAUGUACAAGGAGUACCGAGAGCUAAGCCGCACUGAUGCUGUCGAGGCACUGUACCAGGACAUGGCUGCCAGACAUCGUGCUCGAUUCAGGAGCGUCCACAUCUUGAAGGUCGUUGAGCUCACCAGCACGGAUGAUGUUAAGCGACCAUAUAUCAAGCAGCUGAUUUCCAAGAACCUCAAAUUCCCUCUUCCCCACCGCACCAGCUCUUCCAAGAAGCUCUUCACUUCUUCCAGGCCGAGCACUUUUGCUUAG